CUAUCUAUCUAUCUAUCUAUCUAUCUAAUCUAUGAUAUCUAUCUAUCCAUCUGUCUUGCUUUCAAUACAAAUGAUGCACACUUCUCCAUAUCAUUUUCAGUCAACGCACUGAGAUGACCCUGAAGACACUGCCGUCUGUCUUCCUGGCGAUGGCCCUGCUGACCGUCCUGAUGGCAAGCCAGACAUCUGCAGUCAGAACCACAAGAUGGCCAAAAGCUAAACAUACCAAGAAGCCCCCAAGAGGUGGCGCUGGGCCAGUCCAAGGAGUUCCACCCCGUCUGGGUCUCCACCAGGUCACCACCACUACCCCAAGCCCCUCCAGCACUACAGGGACAGAAGAGACCACUGAAUCCAUGAUGGAUGGCUACUCCUCAACACCCACGGACAGCACCACUUACUCCAGUGAUGCCUACUCCAUGGACUACCACACAGAGGCCACGGUGCCAGAUGGAGUGGGACUAGAGAACUACACCCUGGACUAUAACGAAUGCUUCUUUAACGUCUGUGCAUGCUGUCCCCCUGAGAAAGGACCGCCAGGACCAGUAGGAGAGAGGGGUCUACCAGGACCGCCGGGAGAGAAGGGGGAGAAAGGACCAAUAGGACCAGCUGGACUCACAGGUCUCCCUGGCACACCAGGAUCUCUUGGAAGUAAAGGAGAAAAAGGAGAACGUGGAGAGGCAGGGAUACCUGGUGCUUUGAGUAUUCCUGGAAGGCCUGGGGACAAAGGUGAUCCUGGCUUGAAAGGCAACAAUGGAGAUGUGGGCCCUCCUGGCUUGAAAGGAGAUCCGGGGGAGAAAGGAGGCAGAGGUGAAAGUGGGAUUAAGGGGGAGAAGGGAGAUCCAGGGGUGGUUGGGAUGAUGGGAGCUCCUGGGCUAGAUGGUAUGAAGGGUGACAAGGGGGAAACUGCAGAGUGCCUACCUGGAGAGAAGGGGGAGAGGGGUGAGAGGGGUGAGAACGGACCUCCUGGACUGAGAGGUGACACUGGUCCUCCCGGAAGGAACGGCACUGAGGGACUUCCUGGGGCUGAUGGUGAGAAGGGCGAUGCAGGCUCUCCAGGGGUUAAAGGGGACACAGGGCCCACAGGGACACCAGGUCCACCAGGGGGAAGAGGCAUACCCGGAGCGAAGGGGGCCAGGGGGCCAAAGGGUCCCCGGGGACAGAGAGGACUGAAGGGUGCCAAAGGGGAGAACGCCGUCCAGAUCCGCUCAGCUUUCAGUGUGGGUCUCUUCCCCAGCAGGUCCUUUCCUCCUCCUGGCCUGCCUGUCAAAUUUGACAAGAUCUUCUACAAUGAAGAGGGUCACUGGGAUCCUGCCACCAGCAAAUUUAACUGCACCCACCCAGGUGUUUAUGUGUUCUCUUACCACAUCACUGUCAGGAACCGGCCACUCCGCGCGGCCCUGGUGGUGAAUGGUGUGCGCAAAUUACGCACACGUGACUCACUUUAUGGCCAGGAUAUCGACCAAGCCUCCAACUUGGCAGUGUUUCGGCUGGUAGCGGGAGACGAGGUGUGGCUGGAGACUCUGCGGGACUGGAACGGAGUUUACUCAAGCAGCGAAGAUGACAGUACCUUCUCUGGCUUCCUCCUCUAUUCCGAUGCCAAGGACUGACCCUAAUGCUCUUUAACCUCUGACACCAGUGUGACCUGUGUGCACACUGUACCCAUGAGCUCUAUGCUUGUACUCUGCACAAUAUCAUCACUACAGCAAGUAACUAUCUCUGCAUGAGACAAUUUUCUUUCUGCUUUCUGCUGAUGUAAUAUAAAGGACCGCUGAAACACAACAUCAAAUGUAUGUUUAUAUAGGUGACUGACUCAUUGAAAUUAAAAACGUUCUACUGCAAAA